AUGCACUCUUGCAAGUCAACUCUCUCCAGAAACAUCCCUCGCGCACUCCUCCGCCAGCGAACAGCAUCCACUCCCGCCAACAUUAAAGCCAUCAACUCCAUCAUCAGACCCGUCUCGUCCACCACGACCACCACCACUCCAGCAACCAUGUCUCUGUUCCAGCGCUUCCCCUACGCCGAGGACGCCUCCUUCACCCCUCUCUUCCGCCUCCUCGACGACUUCGACACGUACUCGCGCGCGGGCGGCCGCACCGGCGGCGCCAGCGGCUCCCGCAGCGCGGCGCCGAGCUUCAGCCCCAAGUUCGACGUCCGCGAGACGGAGAACACGUACGAGCUGCACGGCGAGCUGCCCGGCAUCGACCGCAAGGACGUCAGCAUCGAGUUCACCGAGCCGCAGACCAUCGUCGUGCGCGGCCGCGUCGAGCGCAACUACACCUCGGGCACGCCGCCCGCGGGGCUUGUGGAGGGGGCCGCGCCGCAGGCCAGCGGCGCCCUGCCCGCCGCCUCGGAGAGCCACCACCACGCUUCCGUCUCGGACGAGGAGACCGAGGCGGCCAGGGAGAAGGGCGUCGUGAGCGCCAAGAAGACGGAGAAGGAGCACGCCCAGCAGAAGCAGCAGCAGCAGCAGCAGCCCGCCGAGCGCUACUGGCACCAGGAGCGCUCGAUCGGCGAGUUCCAGCGCGCCUUCAGCUUCCCCACGCGCGUCAACGAGGCGGGCGUGUCGGCGAGCCUCAAGGACGGCAUCCUGCACGUCAGCGUGCCCAAGGCGAUCAAGCAUGAGAAGCGCAGCAUUGCCAUCAACUGA